UUCUUUGUGAUUUCAUCUCGUCCAACUCGCAGGCCAUCGUGUCCUCGAGGAGAAAGGCCGAGAGCGCACGCCCACCGACCCCCUCCAAGCCUCGAGCCGGACGCAGCCAAUGCAUCACUGAGGGUGCCCUAUCCUAUUGUUAUUACUUGUUGCUACAGGACAAGUUGCCGGCUGGCCCGGUCUUCUGAACGGGUGCCGGGAUCCCCAGUGUCCCAGUGUCCCAGUGUCCCCGCGUCCCCGGGCGCCAGCACGCUGGCACCAUGGACGCCAAUGAUCUCAACAACGACACGCGCGGCUGGAUCAUGUCUGGCGUCAGCGGCCUCGCGUGCAUCGUCGGCGCAUCCGUCAUCUGCAUCGACAUCCCCAUCCGCCUCAUCCCCAGCAAGCGCCGCUUCCGCAUCCAGGACAGCAAUGCCUUCCUCGCCUCGUCCCUCAGCCUGAGCUUCGGCGUCAUGCUGUUCUCCGCUCUGUACAGCAUGCUGCCGUCUGCCAUGCGCUACCUCGCCAACGAUGGGUGGGACGAGCACUCGGCCGGCUUCGUGAUGAUGGCCUGUUUUGUCGCCGGCUUUUUCGGCAUCCAGGCUGUCUCACGCGUGCUGCACCAAUACAUGCCCUCCCAUGUUGUCGACUGUGACCACACCCACGACAGCCCUGACGAGGCGCACGAUUCCCCCAACGGUCACCUCCGGCCCCCAGUGCCUACAGCCUUCUCAACUUCGGCCGCGGGGAACCGGCCGGCCACCCUCAAAGUUCACAGCAGUGGCGCAACAGAGACCACGCCCCUGCUCCCAGCCGACGUCCCUCGAGACGCGGCGAAUGGCCACGUCCACACCGAGUUGCACGUCGGCGACUCGGAGCCCGCACCCGAGGCCGUCACUCAUUUUCACGGCAGCCACCAGCCACUGACCACACACAUCAGGCGCCCCUCGAUGACACAGGUCCGAAGCCGCGUACUGUCUUUCUUCCGAGACACCAAGCCCAACUGCGACGAGGAUGGGCCAUGCUAUGGCUAUUCGGACCCCUGCGGCCAGGAGUGCUUCAAGCACCUCGGCAGUCGCUCCGCCCUCGCCAGGGCUGCCACAGCGCCCCUCACCAACGGUCCAGUAACAGAGGUUGCCGACAGCGAAGGUGCACACGGCGGGCCCGCGCCGGGCUCUCGAUACCGCCUCAUACGCACCCGUUCGCACGAUCACGACGACCGGCCACACCCUAACCACCAUCACGCCCAUGCACACAUGUACACGCACGACAGCGACUCCUACUGCGGCGAAGACGUGGAGGCCCAGCACCACCACCACGUUCCCACCAACGCUUUUCUCUCCAUCGGCCUGCAGACGGUCAUCGCCAUUGCCCUGCACAAGUUCCCCGAGGGCUUCAUCACCUACGCCACCAACCACGCCAAUCCGACGCUGGGAUUCAGCGUCUUCAUGGCCCUCUUCGUGCACAACAUCGCCGAGGGCUUCGCUAUGGCGCUGCCGCUGUACCUGGCCCUCGGCAGCCGCGUCAAGGCCGUCGCCUGGUCCUCGCUGCUGGGCGGCUUCAGCCAGCCGCUCGGGGCCGCCGUCGCCGUCGCCUGGUUCCGGCUCGCCCGCCGCUCCAACGUUGCCAUCGAUAGCACCGCCUACGCUUGUCUCUUCGCCGUCACCGCCGGCAUCAUGACCAGCGUGGCCCUGCAGCUGUUUGUCGAGAGCCUGAGCCUGAACCACAACAGGAACUUGAGCAUCUUCUUUGCCUUCCUAGGCAUGACCCUGCUGGGCGUCAGCAACGCACUAGUCACGCAUUAGGGGGAGCUCUGUGUGUGGGAUAAGAAAAUGGGGUAACGAAACAGGAAACGCAUAUUUCGGCGUCUGGUUGGUUGAUUCAAGUCGGCCGCAACACAUCAUGGGAAUGAUGAUCCGGGUCCACGGCGUCUGGGUACCUCGUCAGGUUGGAGUUUGUGGGAGCAUGC